CCCGAUAAAAAUAACAAGAGUGUACAGCGCUUCAUUUCACGAAUGCGAGAUAGGCAUACUCGUAAAAAAGCCGACGCCAAACGGUUCGUGAAAAAGGGCCUAACACCUGAGCCUUAUCUUUAUGAAAUUCCAGAACCAGGUGAACAUUUUGAGUACGUUGUAGUUGAAAAUGAUUUAUCACAGAAGGUGGGGGAUAAAAUGGAGUACCCGGAAGUGGCAAGACGUCUUGGUAAAAAAAUUGAUAUUAACUACUAUCUGAAAAACGUUGUCGGACUCUGUGCGCGCUUUAUCAAUUAUGAGAAUAGAUACCAGCCAUUAUCUGAAACUUUGCUGGAAGCUUUAAGAAAGUUAAAAGAUGAUAAUAAAGCGG